AUGUCUGAGCAUUUCAACCUUCCUACACGUUCUAUACCUACCUUUGGUCUACCAGACUUUUGUUUUAAACCUUUGACAGAUAUGCUUAACACAGCUGUAGCACAAAAGCAGCCAUCUAUCUCAAUUUUGAGAGUAGUGUGUGAAAACCAUUUACAAAUUGAUCCAGUAGUUCCACAAACUGUCAGUAAUAGUGUAAUCAGGAAAAUAGACAUAGUGCGAGAGUAUAUUUGUGUGUUUGAAGUGAGAGACUUAAAGAACUUUAAUACUAGUUCAUUGCGUUGUAUGCUACAACAAUAUACAAUAAGCUGCAUUAGCCAAGAAAUGCAGUUUACGCCUCCAGUGCUGCGCAAUCCCCAAUUUUUUUCAUAUAAGAAUCGGUACAAUUCCCUAUUUCCUGUUUUUCCCCCUCUUCCUCCUGGUUUCCUUUCGGUGGUCCUUGGUUUCCGACACGUGUCCAGUGUCCAGUUCCGUUUUGCUUUUAAGCACAAGUACUUCUUAAACCCUAUGCAGUUAUCUGCUAGUGUCCAGUGUCCCGUCCCGUCUUGCUUUUUAGCACAACUGUUAACCACCAUUCUUUUGAUGGUGCCUUCAUACCAUGUAUGGUCCACUGAGUGUGUUCAAAGUAUGCUUAUGGAGAGGUGUACCGAGAACCAGCUCAGUAUUUUACACCCUUCGCAGUUAACAGCUAGUGAACUGCUUUUCCAGGCAUACCAACAAGUCAGUAGCCUUCACUCCAUGGAAAAGGUUACUGGAGGGACGUUGGAUAUUGGCUCUCCAGAUUUUGUCCUUCGGGGCAUGUCAAGAUUGUCACAGAAAGGUGCAAAACUGGACAUGAGGGACGAACCCGAAGCAAAGUUAAGGUGCCUAAGUAAAUGCUAUGCUGUUCACUUGGGUGUCUCAGACACCUGUCCCGAGCAGUUUGGCAUUAAAGCAUUUCACCGAUACUUUGCCGUCAUGACUCGUAGCAAUAAUGGCCAUCAUGGUUAUCAGUUUAUGAGAAACUAA